AUGGUUGCGCCCGUCACUGAAGAGGCCAAAGCCGCCAUGCUUGCCAACUUCGAUCUCGACGCACGCAAAGAGAAACUGCGCGCCAUGUGCGAAGCGCAGUGUGCCAGUCUCCAGUCGCGUCUGGAGCGACGCGUGAAUCGUGUCCCAGCCACGAAACGCCAGAUGCCACUCAUCGAACUCCUUGCACCCCCACCGCCUCCCGCAAAGGCUGCGCCUGUACCAGUCAAGGCUGCACCAGCCAAGAAAACAGCCGCAUCGGCGCUCGCUCCUGUACCAGCCCGUAAGACUCGGGCUGCUCCUGCCGCCACCACCACAUCAAGGCCAGCAACUGCCAAAGAGGCGCCGAAGCCAGCACCUAAGCCAGCGCCAAAGCACGCCUACUCCAAAUCCGCCCCGAAAGUCUCCACGAUGACGCGCGGCAAGAAGCGCAGCAGCGACGAGAUUGCAAGCGAAGACAAGGAGAAUGCCUCUGCCGACCUCGCAGUGCCCAAGAAGCGAGCCCGAGCCGCCACCACCACCACCACAAAACAGCUUGCGGCUUCGAAGCCGGCUGCUCCGGCCGCAAGGUCGACGCGUGCCGCGUCACGCAAGACGGCGCCGGCCGAGGUCCUGUCGCCCAAGAACAACAACUCGCGCGCGAAGCCAGCAACUCGCAGCGUCAGGCCAAGAUAG